ACGAUCCGAUAUCCCCGCCCUCUUGCCUCGCUUUAAAACCUCAAGCUUGUGCUACUUUUCGCAGCUGUCUUGGUCGGUAUAGACUUAGUUGAAAUAGUAUUAUUUGUCUCAACUGUCGAGGAAGCUCUUAGUCUUGCCAAGCAAACGCUCAUUAGCGAUUCCAUCAUUGGUGCAGACCCUCCCUGGUCAAGCCGAACAUCCGCGAAACACAUCUAAACACUUAUAUUUGAUUAAUACUUGGCGAAUUAUUGUUUGUUGUCGCAUUAACAAAUACCAAACCUGAUAAAACCUGACGACAAUACUUGACAUACGCACCCGACUCGAUUGUUUCUUCACAGCAAAUUUUACACCUUUGCCGACGCGAACAGAAAACUGUCCAUAAUGACGAAACCGCGUCGCGGGGUGCGGUUCCCUGGCCGGAGCAUCAAUGGCCAUUCUGAGGGGAGGAGGGCUAGCUUUGGAGAGAUGAGCGAAGAUGGAUCAGGAUCUCCCGUACGGACCAAGACCUCGCCGCAAUUAGAUGGCAUUAGCGAAAAACCCCCGGUGCAAUCCGACUACGAGAAGAAAAAGGCCAACUUCAUCACUCGGACUUUUUGGACUUUCGUCAUGAUCGGCGGCUUCUUCGCGGCUCUGUUUGGCGGCCAUAUUUACAUCAUCGCCUGUAUUACCAUCGUCCAGGUCGUCUCGUUUAAAGAAGUUAUCGCUAUUGCGAGCGUUCCCAGUCGAGCUCGACAGCUACGCCCUACGAAAAGUCUGAAUUGGUAUUGGCUUGCCUCGACUAUGUACUUUCUCUACGGCGAGUCCGUCAUAUACUAUUUCAAACAUAUUGUGUUGGUGGACAAAGUACUUCUUCCGCUUGCCACGCACCACCGCUUCAUCAGCUUCGUUUUAUAUGUCAUAGGCUUUGUCUUCUUCGUCGCCAACCUUAAACCCGGCCAUCUCAAAUUCCAGUUCACCAACUUCGCUUGGACACAUAUGGCGCUAUACUUGAUCGUCGUGCAGGCACACUUCGUCAUGAAUAACGUCUUCGAAGGCAUGAUUUGGUUUUUCCUACCCGCUUCUCUCGUCAUUACCAAUGAUAUUUUUGCCUACAUAUGUGGUAUCACCUUCGGCAGGACCCAGUUGAUCAAGCUUUCCCCUAAGAAGACGGUCGAGGGCUUUGUGGGCGCUUGGGUCAUGACCAUCGGCUGGGCUAUUCUCCUGACGAAUGUUCUGAUGCGCUCCAAGUACUUUAUCUGCCCCGUCAACGAUCUCGGCGCCAAUAUCUUCACGGGCCUCGAAUGCGACCCCAACCCGGUCUUCCUUCCCUACACCUAUACGCUACCUCAACUUUUCUUCCUACCGGAGGGUACAGGUCUCUCUUUUACCACUGAGCCCAUGCAGUUUCAUGCCAUUAUCUUGGCCACUUUCGCCUCGCUAAUCGCGCCUUUUGGUGGUUUCUUUGCUUCCGGGCUCAAGCGCACCUUCAAGAUCAAGGAUUUUGGCGACUCCAUACCUGGACACGGUGGCAUGACUGACAGGAUGGACUGCCAAUUCAUCAUGGGAUUCUUCGCCUUUAUCUACUACCAAACAUUUAUUGCACAACACAAGGUCAACUUUGGGAACGUCAUGGAGUUAGCCAUCACGGGUUUGAGUGUAGAGGAGCAGGUGGAGCUGGUAAAGGGUAUGAGCAGAUAUCUAGAGAAUCAAGGAGCAUGGGGUCCUGGGAUACACGAUUGUUUGGAACGGGUACUACCAAGCAAUUAAUAGGAAUAGGGUUAAAUGCCUGACCUAGGUACCUACCUACCUAGGUAGGCAGCGAACUAAAUUAAUGUAAGGGGUAACAAAUGGGAAUAUUGCCAUUUUACAUCCGUGUAUACAUACCUAGCUACUCUGUCGAGUAAGUAGCGCGUUAAUGAAUUGACGAAGAUUACUUCUUGGGUCAUCUCUUCCCUCUCGUAAUGGUUUUUGUUUUUCUUUUUUCUUUUUCAUACAGUAGGGGCAAUAUAGUAAAAGUAUGGGGAUGUCAAUCCAGGAAGAUUGUUGGCGUCUGGGUUAUACAAGGUAGGAUAGGUAGGUAGAAGGCAAAGGAAGCAGGUACAGGGGGA